UAUAGUUGGGACACAUGUUAGAAUGUAUACAUCGCCGGUUGCGUCGUGAAAUAUAACAAUAUUUUCCAAGAUAACUAAGUGAUUUAAGUGAAAUUCACCUUUCUCGACAAUUAUCAAUACACGACGACUCAUACUAUUGAACAAGUGUUAUUGUUAUUGCCCGAAAUAUUUUAGAUAAAAUUCCACGCAGCAAGAUAACCCUUUCUUUGUCCAGGCAAGUUUGUUUUAUAUUUUAUAAUUAUUGAUUUGUGCCUAAUUGUUCACUACAUCAUUCAGUGACAACUGAUUGUUGUAUAUUUUAUUUUUAUCAACACUACACACUUUAGACUAGGCGCAGUUAUGUUAUGCCUCUAUUGAUAUAUCUGUAAUAUCUUUAUAUUAUUUAUUAGAGACAAAAUUAAUAGUAAUUCUCAAUUUGCCACAGAUAUAUAACAUUGAUGAUUAUUUUCAAAAGUAAAACUCUCAUACUUUAUGUGAUCUAUUUAUCUAGUACUAUAUUUACUAUUUGAGAGUAGACCUUGAGCUUAUUCUUGACCUUGAGAUUAUUAUACAAGGAUUAUGUUCAAUGUUAACAUGAAAUAGGGGUUACAGGAUGCUGGAAUUAAAAGAUAUCAAACAUGACAACACAAAACGAUAUGGAUAAAUUAACAAGGGAAGACUUUGAUGCCGGUCCUUGCAGUUAUGAUGAGAUUGAACCUGGUCUUUUCCUGGGCAAUCUCACAGCUGCCACAGACAUUGACUGGUUGAAAGAGGUUGCAAUAACUCAUAUACUGACGGUGGACUCAUGCCCAUUGCCAAGAAAAAUCCAGGAUCACUUGCCUAACUUGAUCACAAAGUACAUCCAAGUAACGGACAUGCCACGUGAGGACUUGCUCACGCACUUCGAGGACUCAUACGAGUUUAUCGACCGUGCGCUAGAAUCCAACGGCCGGGUGUUGGUGCACUGUUACUUCGGCAUGUCUAGAUCCGCCACUGUCGUGAUCGCUUACAUGAUGAAAAAGCGCGAGAGUAGUUUCGCGGAUGCGUUCCAUGCGGUGAAGGCGAAGCGGCGUUUUGUCGGGCCGAACCCCGGCUUCGUGGCGCAGCUGCGUCUUUACGAGGACAUGGGCUUUGGCGUCGACAAUAGUAAUGUACAGUUCAAGAUGUACCGGUUACAGAUCGCAGCCGACAAAGUACGCAAAGCGCGUAUUUUGCCGCAGAGCUGUAUCGACUUGGUGAAACCAGAUCCAGCGUUGACGACGGUACGUCCCGAGCCGACGGUCUACCGUUGUAAGAAGUGUCGUCGCAUCGUCGCCAGUGCCAGCAACAUCUUGCCACAUGCGCCGCGCGAAAAACAGAUCUGGCGGCACAUCAGUAGCGGCACGAAAGGUGGCGCAAAGGAUGUCGCCGCUGUCGAAGAUUGCAAUAAGUUGCUCCAGAAAAAAGAGGAGCCAGUGACGCGUGCUGAGCUCUGCGACAAGAUUUACUUUGUCGAGCCGCUCGCCUGGAUGCCCGACAUCACACACGCAGUGGAAGGUAAACUCAACUGUCCCAAAUGCAACACGAAACUUGGCUCGUACAGCUGGAUCGCCGGCAGCCAAUGUCCUUGCGGCAGCAAGAUCGCGCCGGCUUUCUAUCUGGUGCCCUCCAAGGUCGACUGGAGCAAUGUCGUGCAGAACGUGCAAGUAACAGUAUAGUGACGGAGAUUUGAAAUGAUUAUACAAGUGUACAUUGAAGUGAUGAAUGAAUGGUUAAAUGGAUCGUUAAGUUAGGAAGGCCGAGAUGCCGAUUUUUGUACACACGAUGUUGAAGUUGUGCCAUAAUUUCAGAGUCCUGAACAUUCCGCCAAGACGACACGAGCCGUCGAGAAACAUGAAGAUAUUCUUCAAGAGGCGUCUCAUAAACGCCUAAUGGAAUUUCGGACAUCUCGCUUGUGCGUCUUUUAGCCGUCUUCUAAACGAUCGUGUCGUUUUGGCACGUCCACCAUAUUGAAUGUAAUGACAUUACGAUCUAAAAUAUGACCCAAGAUGAUAUAUGCUCAAACCUCAACAGAUAUCAUAAACGUUAAGCUUUUACUGCGACUCGCAGAGUCCGUACGAUCUCCUUCCUUCGGAAGAACAAAAAGAAAAAAUCGUUAAAAUUGAAGAGGUAUCUUUAAGAGGCGUUUUAAUCAUAUCAUUUCAUGUGUAAGUCUUUUAAAUUUUAACGACAUUUUCAAUAACGUGCACAUCGCAUGCAUAUGAUGUCCGAGGUAACCUUAUGGUACCCGCUGAGGAUUGAGGAUACCGUAUCUCAGAAUCCGCGAAACGAGAUGAGAUCGUGCGGCCAACGUGUACGCAAGCUGACUAUAUUCUAAUUCUGUGCCAAUAUUUCGAUAUGUGUACAUAUAUCUAUAUACAAGUAUUUGUUACGUAUA